ACAUAUGAACCGCUUAACAUGGAGGAGUAUACUUUUGCGAGCGAGUGGUAGCUACACGGUUAGUGUUUUUUUUUCUCCUUUUUUUUCCUUAUUUUCUCUCCCGUGAGAGACCCAACUCGCAGCGCAGUUCCGCGCAGGCAUCUACCGACUGCGUCCGAGGGUGAAUGCCUCCGUUUGUUGGCUGGCCGAUUGGUGAACGCGUUGUCCCUGCAGUGUCACCACAGCGUUGCCGCCACGCCGAAUUGAGGCUACACCGCGCCGCCACCACACCGCGCUACCGCGUUACUGCGCUACCGCUAUACCGCUCCACCGCCACUCUCCGCAAAAUGAACCUGGACGAGUUCAACGAGCUGGUGGAGCAGAGGAACCGAAUCGAGCGGGAAAUCCAGGAGAACGUGAACUUCCUGGAGGCCCCAGAAAACAAAGGCGUGGGCUUGCACGGCAAGCUGGUAGAUGAAGAAGGAUUCCCCAGAAACGACAUUGACAUAUAUAGCAUCCGAGUGGCCAGGAACAAAGUCAUCUGCUUAAAAAACGAUUACCUAAAUGUGAGCAAAAGAAUAGAGGAGUACCUCCACAAGGUUCACACGUCCCACCCUGUCAUACGAGUACAGAGGAGUAAGGCGAAGAAGGAAGAAGGAGAUGACCCAAAUGAAUCUCCCCCAGAGAGUUGCACACAAGAUUAUGAUGAGUCAGCACCUGGUUAUGAACUCCUAAUAGAAGAAGCGAAAAGAAGUACCUUUGCGAUGAUCGAUGAGCUGGUGGAGAAUUCCCCUUCACAUAAGGCAGGGCUACGCAUUAAUGAUUAUAUAAUUCAAUUUGGGGAUGUACAAAAAAAAAAAAAAAAAAAUGAAGAAAAUGAAAAGGAAGAUGCAGACAUUUUCAACAGAAUUGCAGCUUACAUGCGUAACAAUCCCACCAGAAUUAAAGUCAAAAUUUUGAGAGAGGGGAAGAUUUUUUUUUACUUUGUUUUUCCAAAUAGGACUCCCAAUGGGUUAUACAUUGGAUGUCACCUGACGCCGAUCAGCGUGGGUGGGGGUAGUGUGUAG